UGUUGUUACCAUUUAAUCUCAGGUACGGGCAUUAUUGAAAAGCUUUAAAUUCGUACUGCGAACAUAAAUCGGUGUGUCGUGUAUAAGCUUAGGUUGGCGGGAUCGAAAAUCUGCUCAAACCGCACGUGAUACCACCUCGGUAGCAUUUUUAUCUGGCAUCACAGUCGCCGCGAGCAUGAAGUGUGAACACCGGAGAUUUCCGCCGAUAUAAAUCCCGGUUGAUCAUGGAUUGGAGGACGGUGAUCUGCGCCUUUGCAUUAGUUUACUAUGCUGAUGGGUUCUCAAAAUAUGGACGAACCUGCAAGGAUAUCGGAUGCCUCAACAGUGAGGUGUGUGUGCUUGCUGAAGACCCGUGUACCUUCGGGCACACCAGCAACUGCGGAACAUACCCGACCUGCAAGAAGAAGUCUCAAGUAGAAGGAUCUCACGUGGAACCAGCCAAGCCACCUGCACCCAAACCACCUACAAGAGAUUUCGACAGUCCUCCAAACUACAACCCACCUGCCCCUCCCUCUAGUGAUACGUCCAGCGGUGGCCAUUCACCUUACGGAGGCAGUUCGCCCUAUGGAGGAAACUCCCACAGCGGCGGUAACUCACCCUACGGUGGAGGCUCACCAUACGGUGGUAACUCACCCUACGGUGGAAGCUCACCUUAUGGAGGAAGCUCACCUUAUGGCGGAAACUCACCCUCCGGCGGAAGCUCACCCUACGGCGGCAACUCACCCUAUGGUGGUAAUUCACCAUACGGAGGCAGUUCUCCCUACGGUGGCGGCAGCAAUAAUCGCGGAGGUUCGCCUUACGGAGGAAGCUCGCCUUACGGCGGCUCCUCUGGUGGUGGCAGCAACCCAUACGGGGGCAAUUCUCCCUAUGGUGGCUCGCACUCUAGCUCCGGCGGUUUCGGCAGCGGCGGUAGCGGUAGCCCCCUCGACAGCAUUUUGAACACCUUGAACAAAUACGCCAACGCUGGCGGCGGCAGUGCUGGUGGUAGUUCCGGCAGCGGCGGCCUGUCCAAUGUCUUUGGAAACCUUCUCGGUAAUUUAUCAAAGAACGGAGGUUUAAGCAACUUUUUCAACACUCGGCCAAUCAUGGAAAAUCCGAAUUACUCCUCAUACAGUUCGAAUUCGAGGAGUUCUAACCCCCAAUCUUACCCAUCAGGAUCUCAGCCCGUGUAUCAGCCACCGACUCAGAACAAGAAUUACGGACAAAGUUAUAACCACCAUAACGCAGCGACCACGCGCAAGCCCGUCCACUAUGGAUGGAACGUUAGUGUGACAGUGGUCUUGACGUACCUGAUACAGCAAUAUGUCCAGAGUAUGAUUCGUUCGUAAUUAAUUACACUUUAUUUGUUACAAUUUUAAGUAUAUAACAUGUAAUGUUUUACUAAGAGAUUCAAUGUUGUUAAACAUAUAAUAUAUUUUAAAUAAGCUUUUAAAUGAAUAUAUAUUCAUGUUGUUGAGUGCUACGUAAUUAUAUGUAUAAAAGAAGACAUUUUAAUAAAUUGAUCGCCUUAUGUCACUGCGGCGUUCAACGGGUAAAGCAUUUGUGAUAAAAA